AUGAAGAAAUCAGUCAAGUCAGCCAUGCUGAAGACAGUGAAGGAUUUAUUCAAGCAAAUCAAGGAAGCAAAGACACACUGGCAGGAAGCAGAAAAUCAAAAAAUGAAGAGUAUAGCUAUCACAUUGAAAGCCUUAAAUAUGUCUAUCAGUCUCACUGAAAAAGUCAAACUUGAAAUUGAGAAGAUUAAGUUGAAUAUUGAAAGAGUCAAAUUGAAGAUUAAAAAGAAGAAAAUUGCUGUGAAGAAGAAGAAAAUCAUCAUUGAAAAGAGAAAAUUGAAUAUUGAAAAUACAAAGCUUACUAUUCAGCAGAAGAUCUUGAGAUUGAUUAACAAUCAUUAUAAGAGUUAA